UUUUUACGAUUUAUAACCAUUCAAACCCAUCUUUCUUGCUAAUCUUCUCUUAUUUUUUUAAUUUUACUAAAAAAUGGGUGCCCCUGCCUUACUACUGCCCCAUGUACACUCCAUCAUCAUCCUCUUCUUUCUCUUAGUAUUUGUUCCAAUAUCUCAUUGUGAAGAUGAUGAGUAUUAUAAACAGUGCUUCACACCAUUCCAGUGUGGUUCCCUGUCAAAUCUUUCUUAUCCUUUCUUGAGCGAUGAGCGACCUGAAUUCUGCGGCUUUCAAGGAUUCAGGCUUCGGUGCUUAGAAGGUCCGAUCCCUAUUAUAACUAUAAAAAAUCAAGAAUUUUAUGUGAAUUUCGUGAAUCAAUCCGAAAGAGUGAUGACCAUUGCUCGAAAGGAUUUAUCGGAAAAUGUUUGUCCUCCUGAUGUUGCUGAGAUUCCUAAUACAACUCUGAAAGAGACUCUGUUCAGUUAUGUGCCUGAGCUUGAAAACGUAAAUCUAUUCUACAAUUGCUCAAACGAGGUCAAGAUGAUACCGACUCCAUACAAGAUUUCGUGUGCUGUAAAUGACGAACAACGGGAUGCAUUUUAUGCAACUGAUGAGCUUUUGAGGAAGUGGAACCAGGACCCCUCAGAUUGUAACAUUCGGGUAGAAGUUCCAGUUCCAAAGGUGGCUGUUGAACAACUUAGCGGUGGAAUGGAAGCUUUAAGGAAGGUUUUGAGAGAAGGUUUUAAUGUAAAGUACAUGUUUGAUACAAUUACAGUGUGCCAUGGAUGUGAGAAUUCGGGUGGGAUAUGCGGCAGCAACUCUUCCACGUCCGGCUUCACUUGCCUUUGCACUGACCAAUCCAAUUCUUAUACUUGUCCAAAAGGCAAUGAUAAGAACGUGGGAUUGAAUGUUGGUAUAGCUGUUGGGGCAGCUUUUGUAGGUGGAGCCAUUAUGUGUGCAAUUUUCUACAUCUAUCAACGGCGCCACAAGAGAAAAACAUAUGCUCCAUCUUCCUUUGUCUCUCAAAGCACCACAUCAUACUUCUCUUCAAAUUCAGAUACUGAGAAAGGAGGACUCUACUUUGGGGUCUUUCUUUUCACUUAUGCGGAACUUGAAGAGGCUACUAACAAUUUUGAUUCUGCGAAGGAACUUGGAGAUAGGCGUUUUGGCACAGUAUACUACGGAAAACUACGAGAUGGGCGUGCUGUUGCAGUCAAACGCUUAUAUGAGAACAAUUACAAGAGAGUUGAUCAGUUCAUGAAUGAAGUUAAAAUCCUAACUCGCUUGCGCCAUCAACAUCUUGCAUCACUAUAUGGGUGCACCUCUCGCCACAGCGGUGAGCUCCUUCUGGUAUCCGAGUACAUUCCCAAUGGCACAGUUGCUGAUCAUCUUCAUGGACAAAGGGCUAAGCCUGGUGCACUCCCAUGGCAAACUCGAAUGAAAAUUUCUGUGGAGACUGCUAGUGCAUUGGCAUAUCUCCAUGCUUCAGAUAUUAUCCACUGUGAUGUGCAAACGAACAACAUUCUUCUAGACAACAAGUUUUGCGUUAAAGUUACAAAUUUUGGAUUGUCUCGUCUCUUUCCAGUUGAUGUGACCCAUGCUUCAACUGCUCCACUAGGAACUCCAGGUUAUGUUGAUCCAGAGUAUCACGAAUGCUAUCAGCUGACAGAUAAGAGUGAUGUCUAUAGUUUUGGGGUGGUCUUGAUUGAGCUUAUAUCAUCAAUGCCUGCUGUUGAUUUCACUAGGCAUCCUCGUGAGAUUAAUUUGUCUAACAUGGCAAUCAAUAAGAUCCAAAGCCGCGCAUUGCAUGAACUUGUAGAUCAUAAUCUUGGGUUUGAAUUAGAUUAUGCGAUAAGGAGAAUGGUAACUGCAGUGGCAGAGUUGGCAUUUCAAUGUCUGCAAGCUGAAAAGGAGACGAGACCAUCUAUGGAAAAUGUGUUAGAAGCUCUAAAGGAGAUACAAAGUAAGGGCUAAAUAUAGGUGAUACACGGUAGGCGCAAGUGCACGGGUCAAUGUAGAAAUAAAUGUUAUUCUCUCGAAGAGUUGAGUUAUAAAUUGAACUUUGAAUGUAAAACUAAUUAAUUCAGCAAGAUUAAUUACAUAAUGGGUGACAUAGAUUCGCUACUUUCCAUUUCUCUGUAUUUGCCUUCUUUCUUUUUAAAUAGUGUAAUUUAUUCCCCUUG